AUGGUGAAGCGUAGAAGACCCCGAAACGAAGUUUCGCGACAUUUGGCAUUUGGGAUUCAGUCGACGCUGAGAAUGGGCCUGGUGCCGCUCGGACGGCCUUCGCUCACUCGCUAUGAAAGGAGUCGGGUCCGCUUCCACUCCUCUGUUCCUUUGAGAAGUUUGGGGGGACGUGCGAUGGGGCCUUCGAUAGGGAGCCUCUGCUUUGAGGGAAUCGGGUCGGAGGCGACGAUCUUCGACACCGUCAAGUUGUUGUUCGACGGAGUUUGGAAGCCAGGCAGAGAUAAGAAACUGGCUUGGCCUUUCCCUUAUCUCCGGACCUCUUCGCCCCGGGUCCAAGCCAAGGUCCUUGAACUGAAGGGCCUGGGGUCCAGGGGUUCGCAAGGCGAAAAAGGUGGGAUGAACUUGGAGGGAGAGAAUGGAGUCGGGGGUCCGGAAAAGAAAGCACGUGGAGAAGAGAGACGAGUCCAAAGGAUCUCGUUAGGCCCUUGGAAGUACAUUGCAAUAGGAGGAGACGCAUUCCCUGUUGCUAGGGACAAGGUACUCCCAUUCGACCCCAAUAAACUAAGUUAUCUGACCCCAUUGGAGGGAAUCCCCAGUGAAGCAACUGAGUAUCCGUCUGGGUUCGGGGCCUCGGUGGUGCUCCUGAUGACCCCCAUGCCGCCGACGUACUGUCAAGCAUUUGCAGCACAGAGGGCAGCGCUGGCCGAAGCCACCGCAGCGACUUGGAACACUCUUCUCUGGCGUCACAAACUUUUCGUCUCUGUACCACCGGGUCUCAUGCCACAAGGAUCGAAGGAAAGCUUUGUAUCCUUGUUGGAGUUUGCAGAGGAAGUGCUGGAGUGCACACAAGUCAUCGUGUACUUUCCAAAGUCCUCUUCCGAUCGAGCUCUGCUGGUGAAGACGUUCAUGUUCCUCGGUUUCUCGCUGGUGGCUCCUGGCAUGGAUAUUUCUCCCCUCAGUCCUGAUCAAAUCGCUAUGGUCUACUCCAUCGAAUAGACCACAGAGUUCAUUUCCUGUUACCAUUCGCACUCUGGUGAUUGUUUUGUGCAAUUUAAUCCAUAGGGAAGCACAGGAGUUCCCCCCCCCCCCCCUACCCUUUGUUUGUUUAGCUAUUUUUUU